AUGGCAAAGGAGCAUACCACAGAAACCUGGAAUAAUCACAGAGCACAAUCGAACGCCGUUACAAUUGUGGCAAGUUGGAUGAUAACAAAUGGCUAUGAAGCUUAUGAAAAAUAUAAUGGAGUUGAUGACAAUUAUGGAGUUAAAGAAACUCGUGAUAGCAAUGAACAAGAUGAUAAUGAAAACAGCGGCGAUAUUAUAGUUGACGAGAAUUUUGGAAAUUUAUUAACUAGGAAUGAAUACGAUGUCCUCAGAGAUCAGUUUAAUCCAACUGAUGAGGAUGAAAAUUCUGGUAUCAAUAUAUUCUUAGGCGCCAUUGUACUCGUCCGACAAUUACUUCAAAAUAGUUCGUCAUUGAUCAACAAAAAUGUACAGCGUAUAGCAAAACAAGAGAAUAAAUCCCUUUGUCUAUAUUAG